AUGGCGACCGACUACAGCAAGAAGACCAACGCCGAGUUGGUUGAGAUCCUAAAGUCCCGCUCGCUUCCACACACGGGAAAAAAGGCCGACUUGGUCGCUCGUCUCCAGCAAGACGACGAGAAGACAACUGAAACUCCCGCCGAGCCUGCAAAGACUGAUGCCACCGCCGAAGAUGUCAUUGACUGGGACGACGACGUCCCGGCGGAGCCUACGAAGGCUUCCACGGAAGCUGGUGCGACUGCCAUUGCUGCUGGCGGCAAGGGCGCCGUAGCCAACCCCGUGGCCGUGCCGAACCAGAAGCUCGACACCGAUCCUGCCGCGACGGAUGAUCUGAAGGUCGAGUCAACAGGAGGUGCUGCUACUGCUGAUCAGCCUGAAGCCGAGGCGGAGAAGAAGCCUGCUGUUGAUUACACUCGCGGCCUGCCGGCUACCGAGCUCGAGGCAGAGCUGGCCAAGCGUAAGAAGCGCGCUGAGAAGUUUGGUAUCGUUGAGGACACCGAGACCGCCUUGAAGGAAGCCGAGAAAACUUUGGCACGAGCCAAGCGUUUCGGCACUGGAGGUGAAGCAGAGGCGAGCUCUAAUGUUGGCGUUAAGGGGCUGGAUGAGGCCCUUCCGGAGGAACGACCUCGCAAGAGAUCUCGCAACGACCAGAGUGGCCGGGGAGGCAAGCGACGCGAUAUAGGCCGAAACCGCAACCGUCGGGGAGAUAGCAACCAGAAACGCAAUGGCGGUGGAAAUGGUGUAUCGAAUGCGCAACCGAAGCCGACCAAUUGGAGUGACAAGGACGUUGCUGCGAUGGAAGCCCGCAAAAAGCGAUUUGCGACCGCCACUUAG